UCCUUUGAAAACAUGGCAAAUCUUUGUCCACACAGGCCACACCUCUUCUCCACCAUCUUUUUCCUUUAAUUCCCUGAAAACAAGAACACAAAUUCAACAAAAACAGAAGCAAAACAAUAACACAUAUACAGAUAAAGCAGAAAAAUGAAAAUGUCAGUAGCUUCUUCAAUACCGUGUAUCAAAAUCCCAAGUCCAUCAACCUGUUGCUCUUCUUCUCCUUCGUCUUCUUCAAGCUCAUCACUUUCGCUACCAAGUUCCUCUUUUUAUAGAUUUUCAAGAGCAAAACAGCGGCUUGGUGGUGGGGCAUUUUCUGUAACUUGUUCCCAAGAUGAAGGGCCGAUUAGGAGACCUGUGGCGCCUACUGUGAGAGAGCCUUUACCGCCCUCUACAUUCAAACAGCCUGUCCCUCCAUCGCCGCCGCCGCCUACUCCAACGUCGUCGUCUUCUUCGGUGGCUCAGCUGCCUAAGCUGGCUGUGGUGGCUAGUGGCAUAGGUAAGAAUGUGAUUACUUUGGAGUUUCAGAGGCAGAAGGCAAAGAAACUUCAGGAGUAUUUCAAGCAGAAGAAGCUUGAGGAAGCUAAUGUUGGGCCAUUCUUUGGGUUCAUGGGAAAGAAUGAGAUCGCCAAUGGCAGGUGGGCAAUGUUUGGUUUCGCAGUUGGAAUGCUGACGGAAUAUGCGACAGGCUCGGACUUGGUUAAUCAAGUGAAGAUCCUUCUUUCGAAUUUUGGGAUAGUAGAUCUGGAAUGAGUUAUCUGCUUGACCCCUUAAACCUUUAUACUUUUUGGGUUUCUGUAAUUAUUGUAGCUAUAUCCACCGUUUCAUCUGCAACUUCUUCUGUUACACAUUUCAUAUUCUCUUGGUUUAUCAGUUGGAUAUCAAAGGAUGUAUUUACACAAUUUACUUGAUUCACAAGUAUACAAGUUUAUGUUUGAGCAGGGCGCGAAA